AUGACCGACGCCGACAAGCUGUUUUCCAUCGAAGGCAAGGGCCUCAAGCUCGACACCGCCGCCGACCUUGAGGCCCACAUCGCCGACCUCCGUGUCCGCGACGUCGAGGAAGUCCGCUUGCUGGGCAACACGCUGGGUGUCGAGGCCUGCAAGCUCCUCGGCGAGGUCCUGGCCACCAAGAAGAACCUCAAGGUUGCCAACUUGGCCGACAUCUUCACCGGCCGGCUCCUGGCCGAGAUCCCCGAGGCUCUGUCCUCCCUGCUUACGUCGAUUCUCAACUUGCCCAACCUAAACACCAUCAACCUGAACGACAACGCCUUUGGCCUCAACACGCAGGCGCCUCUGGUCGCCUUCCUCUCCUCCCACGUCCCUCUGCAGCAUCUUUACCUCAACAACAACGGUCUCGGCCCGCAUGCCGGCAUUCUCAUUGCCGACGCCCUGUCAGAGCUCCACGCCAAGAAGGAGGCGGCGCGAAAGGAGGGCCAGCAUGUCCCCGACUUGGAUACCGUCAUUUGCGGGAGGAACCGACUGGAAAACGGCAGCAUGACGGCAUGGGCCAAGACGUUCAACCUGCACAACAAGGUUAAGGAGAUCAAGAUGGUCCAGAACGGUAUCCGGCAGGAGGGCAUCUCCCAUCUCCUCAGCCAAGGCCUCAGCCAUGCCACCGAGCUGAGAAUCCUCGAUCUGCAGGACAAUACGUUUACGCUCGUGGGAGCCAAGGCUCUCGCAAAGGUCACCCCGACCUGGGCCUUGCUCCGCGAGCUCGGCAUCGGCGACUCUCUUCUCGGCGCAAAGGGCGGCCUGCUGCUCUCGGAGGCUCUGGCUCAGGGACAAAACAAGGAGCUCGAAACGCUGCGCCUGCAGUACAACGACAUUACUGCUGCCGGCGUCAAGGGCUUUGCUUCUGCUGCGCAAGACGGCCUGCCGUCGCUGAGGCGAAUCGAGCUGAAUGGCAACAAGUUUUCCGAGGACGAUGAGUCGAUCCUCGCUCUUCAGGAGCUCCUAGAGUCCCGCAAGGAGAAGCUUGCCGGUGACGUGAUCAUCGAGGACGACUGGGGCGUUGAUAGCCUGAGCGAUCUCGAGGACGAAGACAGCGACGAGGAAGACGAGGACGAAGACAUCGAGCCGGAGAAGAGGGCAGAGAAGCUCGUUAAGGAGGCCGAGGAGGCACAAGAGGAACCCGUCGUUCAGCUCAAGGAUAAGGAGGUGGACGACUUGGCUAAGAAGCUUGAGAAGACGGAGAUUUAG